CAAACAUUUAGCCCCUGGCCGAUGUGUAAGGAUUGGAGACAAGAAGAAGGUUAGAGUCUGGAAAAAGCUGCAGCCAGUGGGUGAUUGGAGUUUCUCAGCUCCGUGCGGGCAACUUGGAAAUGGUUGUCUUCAUUAAUGCCAAGAUCAAGUCUUUCAUUAAACUUUUUAAGAAGAAAACUGUUUCCAAUCUAGAUGAGGAGAGCAGAUGGACCGUCCACUACACAGCUCCAUGGCACCAGCAGGAGAAUGUCUUCUUGCCCACCACCAGACCGCCCUGUGUGGAGGACCUGCACCGGCAAGCCAAGCUCAACCUCAAAUCGGUGCUGAGAGAAUGUGAUAAAUUGCGACGGGAUGGCUACCGGAGUUCUCAGUACUACUCACAGGGACCCACCUUUGCAGCCAAUUCCAGCCCUCACUGUGAUGAUUAUCAGGAUGAGGAAGACGACACAGAUCAGAAGAGUUCUGUUUCUUCAUCGGAAGAGGAAAGACAUUUUUCCAUCAGAAGAUCGAAAAUGCCAACUUCCAGUGACUUCUCAGACCUCAACACUCAGACAAACUGGACCAAGUCCUUGCCAUUGCCUACCCCAGAGGAGAAGAUGCGACAGCAAGCACAAACAGUCCAGACAGAUGUGGUGCCCAUUAACAUAACCGGGGAGAAUUUCGAUCGCCAGGCCAGCCUUCGGCGGUCUCUAAUUUACACAGACACUCUGGUAAGACGACCGAAGAAAGUCAAAAGGAGAAAGACUAUUACAGGAGUCCCUGACAACAUACAGAAGGAGCUAGCUUCGGGCUCUGGCCACGAGGAUGCUGGCCACUGCGCCUACAGCCCCGGCCACUGCGCCACCCUGGGAAGGCUCGACGGGUACCGGGCAGCCGGGCCGUGCUCGGAAACCAGGGACUCCAGCUGCCAGACGGAGGAAGGGAGAGUGGUGCCGCCGUCCAUGCGACGCAUCCGGGCGCAGAAGGGCCAGGGCAUCGCCGCCCAGAUGGGCCAGCUCCCGGGCUCCUCGGGGAACAUGUCGGUGCUGAGCGACUCGGCGGGCGUCGUGUGCCCCUCGCGCCUCCGCAGCGAGGCGGGCUUCCACAGCCUGCCUCGCUCGGGCGCCAGGGCCCUGGGCCCCCCGGACGACCCGGACGGCCCUCCGGGAGAGGACAGCCCCAGGCGCGGCGCUCCGCUCAGACCCCGGUCGCAGGACCUGAGGCUGCCGGAGGGCGACGCGGCCACCAGCCCGGCCUGCGUGGUCUCGCCUCACGCCGCCUACACCACCAGCCUCAUCCCCAACGCCACGCUGUCGUCCUCGUCGGAGGUCAUCGCCAUCCACACGGCGCAGAGUCCGGGCCAGCCUGACGCCAAGCUCGGCGGCAAGACGAGGGCCCGGCACGCGGGCAAGGACGCGCCCCGCUCCCCCUGUGCUCCCUGGACGCGGGGCCACCCCGGCAGCCCCUCGCAGGCCUGCGUGCCCCGCGGCCCCUGCGCCCCCACUCUCCUGGCCCUCGGGGAUGCCGCAGCAGUGUCUCUCGGCGGCCCGGCCCAGGGGGAGCGCGCGGGGGCCCCGGCCCUGGCCUCUCCGUGCAGAAGCGCGCUGAGCUUCCCCGGCCACGCUCCGGAGGAGGACGGCAGAAGCGAGGCCGGUUCCACGGGAGGCCGCGGCCAGGCGAGCGCCGGCGCCCACAAGCCCUGGGCAUGCGGCGCCGCUGCCAACGGGAGGGCGUCCCCCUGGAAGCCGCCGCUGGCCAGCCCGGGCCACUCCACGCCCACCAGCACCGUGAGCAGCUGCAGCCUGGACCAGGGGUCCCACCGGGAGGACGCCAGGUCCUGGUACUCCGAGGACCAGGACGCCUGUUCCGACGUGUCUCCGUGCGCCGGCCUGGGGCAUCUGAGCCCGAGCAGCAACGGCUUCGGGGACCCCAGGCACAGCGUGGUGAAUGUCUUCGAUGGGCGCGUCCCCAGGAGCCCGGGGGACGGGCCCUCCUGCCCGGACAAGGCCCUGGCCAGGCACAUCUCCCUGAAGAAAGCCAAGAAGCCCCCGCUGCCCCCCUCGCGGACCGACUCUCUCCGCCGCACGCCCAAGAGCGUCCCCAAGAAGGGGGCCCCGGCCAACGGGCAGGUGCUCAACGAAAGCCUCAUCGCGUCGCUGCAGCACUCUCUGCAGCUGACCCUCCCGGGGCAAGGGGCCAGCUCGCCUUCGCACAGCCCCUGCAGCGACCUGGAGGAGCCCUGGCUGCCUCGCUCCCGCAGCCAGAGCACGGUGAGCGCGGGCAGCAGCUUGGCCUCGGCCACCACCCCCAACGUCUACUCCCUGGGCGGCCUCACCCCGGCACAGAGCGACUCGAGCAGCGUCCGGUCCGAGUACACGGACCCCUGGGGCUACUACGUCGACUACACCGGGGUGCAGGAAGACGCAGGCCCGGCAGGCAGCGGGGGGCCCGGCUCCGGGGCCAGCGCCGGGCACGGGGCCGGUCGCUCUGGGCGCGCCGAGGCCCGGGCCGCGGCCCUUUCCCCGGUGCCCGGGGGCUUCGCCAGGCCUGGCAUCACGUCGCCCGAGAAGUCGCACCGCGUCACUUCGCCGUCCAGUGGCUACUCCAGCCAGUCCAACACUCCCACCGCCGUCACCCCGGUGCCCGUGUUCCUCAAGUCCAUGUCCCCGGCCAACGGGAAGGGGAAGAGCAAGCCCAGGGUGCCCGAGAGGAAGUCGUCCCUGAUCUCCUCCGUGUCCAUCUCCUCCUCGUCCACCUCCCUCUCGUCCAAUACCUCCACCGAAGGCGCUGGGGUGGCCAAGAGACCCGAGGCUGCACUGCCGUCCCCCUCCACGGGACCCCCUCUCCCUUGCCUUUCACCCCCAAGCCCCAUGGACCAGUCUCCGUGCCUGCCGCCGCCGCCGCCUCCAUCUGCAGGUGCCCCGGAGUGCCCCCCCCUACCCUCCUCCUCCUCUCACUUCCCCCCUCCCCCGCCGGAACUUCUUGCCCCACUCAGUCCCCCCCCAGAUCCUUGCUUUCCUCCGCCCCCCACGGCCCUUAGCCCCCUUCUUCCAGAUCACUCUGCUCCCAGACCAGCACCCCCUCCGGCCCCACCUCUGGACCCUCAGCUGCUGAAAGACAGCAGGCCAACGUCUUUCAGGAGACCGGGCCUUCCCGAGUCCCCUCGAGAGGUGGCCAGGCAGCCCUGGAGCAAAGAGGAGGGCAGCCCACCCCCCAUGCCUCUCAUCACCACCGAGGCCCUGCAGAAGGUGCAGCUGAGGCCGGUGAGGAAGAGCUCGGGAACGCCACUGCCCCUGCUCGAGGACCCGGCAUCUCAGGAGAACCCAGCCUCGAUUCCUCCCCAGCCUCCUUUCCAGCCAUCUGCUGUGCUGAGAGCCCGAAAUAGCAUCCAUGAGAUGGAGAGGGAAAGCCAGCCCGCUCCCCUGACGGGCUCGCCUUCUACUCCUCCCGGGAGCCGGAGCCAGGGUCACCGGGACGCUGCAGCCGAGUCUGUCCUGGCGAGCUUCGGCCCUGGUGAUGCCGGCCCCCCGCAGCAGCCGGCCCCCAGGCCUUCGCCCAGCAGAAAGCCGCCCCCCAUCUCCAAGAAGCCCAAACUGUGCCUGGUGGUGCCAGCCCCGUCGUCAGGGAGCGUGAGCAGAGCGGAGCCCGGCCCCACGGGAGAGGCAGCGCAGGGCGCAGCGGCGGCCGGUCCUGAUGCGCCGGACGCUGGCAGCUCGGCUCUGGAGGGAGGAGGCGCGCUAGGAGCGGCCUCUCCGGCCAGAGUGGCAGCCGAUGUGCCCAUGGUGCAGCCCGGUUCCUGUCCAGCCACCCCGCAGAAGGCGUCAGGCCCCGAGAGCGGCCCCACUGGGGAGGGCCACGUGGAGCACUACCCACCUCUGCAGGAUGGAGAGCCAGGGACUCCAGAGCCCCACUCGGCUACGUCGUACCCUGAGGCCGGGGCCUUCUUCAAGGAGGAAGACAGUGAUGAGGUGAUGACCCCCAGCAGACCCCGGACCACUGAAGACCUUUUCGCAGCAAUUCACAGGUCCAAGCGGAAAGUCCUAGGCCGCAAAGAUUCCGAUGAUGAUCACACCCGAAACCACUCGCCCUCCCCGCCCGUGACCCCCACGGGCAGCGCCCCCAGCCUGGCCUCCCCGAAGCAAGUGGGGUCCAUCCAGAGGAGCAUCCGCAAGAGCAGCACCAGCAGCGACAACUUCAAGGCGCUGCUGCUGAAAAAGGGGAGUCGAGGGGACACCAGUGCCCGCAUGUCGGCGGCCGAGAUGCUCAAGAACACGGACCCCAGGUUCCAGAGGUCCAGGUCCGAGCCUUCGACAGACGCCGCCCCCGAGAGCCCGUCCAGCUGCUCCCCCAGCAAGAACCGGAGGGCCCAGGAGGAGUGGGCCAAGAACGAGGGGCUCAUGCCUAGGAGCCUGUCCUUUUCUGGGCCCCGGUAUGGCCGCAGCAGGACACCCCCCUCGGCCGCCAGCAGCAGGUACAGCAUGCGGCAUCGCCUCCAGAGUAGCCCCAUGACGGUCAUCUCCGAAGGCGAGGGCGAGGCCCCCGAACCCGGGGACAGCAGAGCGCUCCAAGCCCUGGGCCCUGCGAGAGGAUGCUCCCUGGAUGGACUGGAAAGGGUUCACUCGCUCGAGGGGAGCCUACUUGGUGAUGGGGAACCCGGUGCCUCGCUGCGGGCACAGCCCGCUGCCCCUACGGAUGGGGCUUUGGGUGCGAAGGGCAGGGAUCCAGCUGAACAGGGCAGGGGACCUCAGUGGGAAGAGAGUUAGGGGCAAGAACCAGAGCACACCCACCCCCCAGCUUAUCUGGGGGAGGCGAGCAACGUACGGCUGUGUGAGGGUAGUCUUCUGGCUUUGCCCUUGGUUUCCCCAGCCACCCACCUCCAGUGGUUGUGCUGUGUGCCCAGGGCAGUCUUGCUCAGGGUGCAGAGCGGAAGAGAGACAUUUAGCACUCACUUGGCCUUGGCCCUGUGAUUUGAAAGCAAAUAAGUAGAAGCUUAACUUCUGAAAGUGCUUCCUGGGGAAGAAUUUUUUUUUUGGUCAUUUUUCUUUCGUUAAAUGUUAGUGUGUGUGUGUGUGUGUGAGAGAGAGAGAGAGAGAGAGAGAGAGAGAGAGAGAGAGAGAGAGAGAGAGAAGAGUGAGAGAGACAGUAGAGUGAGUGUAGAGUGAGGGGGUUCUAUGUGUAUGGGGCAAGUGUAGGGUGUAUGUCUCUUCAAUGUGUCUUGGUGUUAAAAAACACAUUGCUUCUUAGUGUUAAAAACACACAACACACAUACUCUCUGUAUAAAGAUAGAAGAAAGAUGAAGUUAAGCUAGUGAGAUCAAAGGAACCAUUGGGACUGGGUGAUAAUUGUUUCUGUUCAUGGAAAGUGGAGCAUUUCUAGGAAAGGGAGGAGGGCCAGUGCUUCUAAGCAGAGCUGGUCGGUUGGCUGGUUGUGUCCGCUCUGAACACAGGGGCAACGCAUAGAUGUGCUUUCAAGGUAAGCCAUGUCAUGGUUAACCUACAACCUGGGGAAAGGGCUAAGUAACUAAUUGGUUCAGGUACUUUUUUCUGGGGGGAAGAGACUGUUUCUUUUUUGUAAAAAAAAAAAAAAAAAAAAAAAAACCCUGGGACAAAAACCGUGGAGGUGGCAUGCCACAGACAAACAAUCAGCUGGUUUUUAGAAAUGUGCGAUGAUUUGUGAAUGAAUUUCUUCCCUGAAGAGCUGAAAUGAUGGUGUACACGCGCACACACACAUACGCAGUGCAAAGAAGGGGAGAAGAGUUAGUGAUCUACUGCUGGAAUUGGUUUCUUUAUUAGAUAAAAGUUAUUUUCAGAAUUAAACGGGAAGACUUGCACUACAGAACUCUGGGUGGCGCUUUUCCUUUCCUUUCUUUUUUCCUGUCUUUUUUUAACCAGAGUUUAAACUUCCAUUUGGCAAUUUCUUACCACUUGAAAUGUCAACCUUUGCUGACUUUUGGAUAUCUUUUUUGGUUACACCAAAGAAAAAGCGAUAGCUAUUUUUCCUCGAACUGCCUGUGUCCUCUACUUAGUAAGGUUUAUCAAAAUCAAUAUUAUCUCACUUGGAAGAAAAAUGCUGAAUAACUCUUGUUAGUCAAAUAAACUGAUAAAAAAAAAUUGGCAGGGCUCAGUGAUUAAUUGGCCCUGGAAAAUGAGUUUUUAGAUUAAAAAGACUUUUUGCAUCAUUUUGUUUGUGUGUUUUAUACAUAUUUUUAAUAUACAGUGGGAUUGGCUAAUUAAUUUCUAAUCUUCUCCAGUUAGGACAUUAACAAUUUUAGAUACAAAGCGUGGAAAUGUGUAUUUAUUUUAAUGUCAUAGUUUUCUGAUCAAUUCCCCACUCUUCCCAACUGCCAUGUAACUUGAACUCCUUUAUAUGUUGGUUCAAUAAAACUAGCAUCUUAUUAAUGAAAUUCUUCAUUAGAAGAAUUUAAGGUGACAGUCCCAAGAUUCUUGGCUUAAAUGCAGUGCAAUUGCCCAUUAUCAAUUUUUUUGGGCAUGGAAACAUCUGAAAGUUGAACUGUACAGGACAGAUCAUCUAAUUUGAUGUAGGCAUGUGCCAUGUACUGAUGCUUCAGACAGUGAUGUACCAUUUCUGUGAUAACCCAGGUAUGGGUAGGUGGCACUAUGAGGUCUGAAUAAGUCCAUACUGAAUUUUUGUUCACUUAAUAGUGAAAUUGCCUAAUAUAUUUCUCAGAGCAUAUUCCAAACAAUGAGGCAUGGUUAUAUACAUAGAUCCCCCCCUUUUGACAUGCCUUUAAGACAAAAUAAUCCUGAUGAAUUAAGUUUCCUUCCCUCCUCUGAAGAAAACAAAGGACUUCUUUUCACACGACCAGAAUCAAAACCUGAUAUUUGGUCAAAGGCAAAAGGACAUUAUAUAAUAUGGAGCAACUGUCUACACUGGGCACAAGAAUAUUCUAAAUUCUAGAGAAGUGUUGUUAACUUUUGGAUGGGAAAUCCUAUCAUGCCUACCUAAAGGAGAUUAGAAUGUAUGUGGAGCUCAGAAAACUUUAAUAUAUAAAUCACUUGUGUUGAAGGGAAGAUAAGCAACAUCUCAAGACUAAUUCUAUAACUAUUUUUUAAAUUCCCCUUUUUACAGGAAAAAAUAUGGUUUUUAAAUUUGCUUUGAAUAAAAACAGUUAUAAAGUAAAUACCUGAACCUUA